AUGAGCACGCAGAAGGUGGCGAAGCACAACACGAGGAAGCUCCUGAUGAAGGGAAAGUCGAAGAAGGACAUUAAGGAGCUGGUGGUGCCAUUGGUGAAGACGCCGCCCCAGGGAGGCAUCGUGCCGCCUUUCACUGUGUUUCUUCACAUGCGGCGCAAUGUGAUGGUCGUGUCCGUCCCUCUCCACCGGGUGCCUGACAAAAUCGUGCAAUUCGAUGCCGAUGCGAAGAGAUUUUUGCUCGACACCACCAAAUUCACCAGAAAGCCGUUCCAUCUUGAAUUCACAUACCCGGAGGGAAUCACUGUCGAUACCUCCUCUGUGGACGCCAAAAUCGAAAACGGCCAGUUUGUCGCUUCUCUGUCUCUUCUCUCCGUUCCCGAGGCCUUCAAGCAGAAGACGGACGGCAUGGACGUGGCGGCGGACAAGUCGCGCAAGCGAAAGCGAAGCGGCGCGGAGACGCAGCAGAACGGUGGCGCCGAGGCGGCGGCCACGACGAAGGUCACGAAGGCCACUCCUCCCGCCGCCGCCGCCGCCGCUCCUGCGGCGGCCCAGAAGACGAAGAAGCAGCCCGCCAAGAAGCAAAAGAAGGGUCCCAGCGAGAGCUCCGAGAAGCAGAUUGACGCGCGGGCGGUGAGCUUGGACAAGGCCAUGGGCUUGAUCGACGAGCUCAGCUCCAAGGAGGAGUCGCAGAUCAACCAAAAGCUGAACAAGGAGAAGGAGAAGAAGGCCGCCUUCAACGCCAAGGAGAAGGAAAAGCGACAGAAGAAGCAGGACAAGAAGCAGAAGAUUGAUCAGCUCGUGGACGAGCUCAAGAGGGAGAAGGACGAGCAGGAGCAGGAGAAGAAGCCCCUCAAGAAGGCGACGCCAAGGAGGGUGUCCUUCGCGGAGCCCGGCAAGAAGGCCGCCGCGGCCAACGGCGCCGCCUCCCCGGCCAAGAAGCCGGCCCGCAAGGCCGCGCCCCAGAAGAAGAAGAAGACCGCCGCUCAGUAA